UCCACUUGUCCGGACUUACAUUUUCCCACCACUCAACAAAAUUUCAAAUUCCAAACCCCCCACCCCACCAUAUACAAACUCCCUUGUCCCUCUUGGUUCCUCUUCAUUUCUCACAUAAUUCCCUCGAAAAAUUGAAAUCCUCCCCCUUCCCUUUCAUCCUCUCCCUCGAACGAAACGUAUUCGUAAUAAUCUAUUAAAAGAAAUGCGUGAGAUUCUCCAUAUUCAAGGUGGCCAAUGUGGCAACCAAAUCGGGGCAAAAUUCUGGGAAGUGGUAUGUGCCGAGCACGGUAUCGAUUCAACAGGCGCGUACCAUGGGGAGACAGAUAUACAACUUGAGAGGGUUAAUGUAUAUUAUAACGAGGCGAGUUGUGGGCGCUUCGUACCUCGUGCUGUUCUUAUGGAUUUAGAACCUGGUACUAUGGAUAGUGUUAGAUCUGGUCCUCAUGGACAGAUUUUUAGACCUGAUAACUUUGUUUUCGGUCAGUCUGGUGCUGGUAAUAAUUGGGCUAAAGGCCAUUAUACUGAAGGUGCUGAAUUGAUUGAUUCCGUUCUUGAUGUUGUUCGUAAAGAAGCUGAGAGUUGUGAUUGCCUACAAGGGUUUCAGGUAUGCCACUCCCUGGGAGGGGGGACUGGGUCUGGAAUGGGAACACUUCUCAUCUCAAAGAUACGAGAGGAAUACCCAGAUAGGAUGAUGCUAACAUUCUCUGUCUUCCCAUCUCCAAAGGUUUCAGACACCGUUGUAGAGCCUUACAAUGCUACAUUGUCUGUUCAUCAGCUUGUAGAAAAUGCAGAUGAGUGCAUGGUUCUUGACAACGAGGCUUUAUAUGACAUUUGUUUCCGAACUCUCAAACUUACAACUCCUAGCUUUGGUGAUCUGAAUCACUUAAUUUCUGCAACCAUGUCUGGAGUCACUUGUUGCCUCAGAUUCCCUGGACAGCUUAACUCUGAUCUGCGGAAACUUGCUGUGAAUCUCAUUCCUUUCCCCCGUCUCCACUUUUUUAUGGUUGGGUUUGCUCCACUUACCUCACGUGGCUCACAACAAUACCGAGCUUUAUCAGUCCCUGAGCUUACUCAGCAAAUGUGGGAUGCAAAGAACAUGAUGUGUGCUGCUGACCCUAGGCAUGGCCGCUAUUUGACAGCAUCAGCUAUGUUUAGAGGGAAAAUGAGCACCAAGGAAGUUGACGAGCAGAUGCUUAAUGUGCAGAACAAAAAUUCCUCAUACUUCGUUGAGUGGAUUCCCAACAAUGUCAAGUCAACAGUCUGUGAUAUUCCACCAACUGGUCUAAAGAUGGCAUCAACUUUCAUUGGAAAUUCAACAUCAAUACAAGAGAUGUUCCGUCGUGUUAGUGAGCAAUUCACAGCCAUGUUUAGGAGGAAGGCUUUCUUGCAUUGGUACACGGGGGAAGGAAUGGAUGAGAUGGAGUUCACUGAGGCAGAGAGCAACAUGAAUGAUCUGGUUUCCGAGUACCAACAGUAUCAAGAUGCAGUAGCAGAUGAGGAUGAAGGAUACGAGAACGAAGAAGAAGCAUAUCAUGACUAGUGUGCUUAUGCCCGGGAAAUCUUAUCUUAUAUUUUAAGUAAUAGUUCCUUUCAACUGUGGAUGAACUUUUAGUAGUGAAGAGAAAGCGACUAACCUGUAACUUUUGUCGAACUUGUCACUAUCUCUAAUUGCAAAUUGAAUAUUUUGCUGCUUUUGCUAAGAUCUGUGAUUAAUUGAUGAGAGGGCAUUUUGUAAUCAGUAUAUACUCAUAAUACUUACUUUUUACCAGUAUAAUGAUUCUGAGCUUAAUAUUA